ACUCUACUGCGCAAAAAAUCUCUUCGAAUUCCCCAAUUAUUUCCUCAUCUCCUGUUGCAACCGUUAAUAAUGGGAACGAUUUGGAUGAAACUCAAAAUUCUUCCUCACCAUCUUCAUUACCUUCAACCCCGACCCCUCAAUCGCGUCCUUUAAGUGAUAUCGAUGAUGAUAGCGUCGAUCCUUCCACCAUUACGAUUGCAAAUAAUGCUUUGGUUGACAAUGCUCGUUCAGCUGCUAGCAUUUCGAACCUUAUAAACCAUGAUGAAGAACAACGAAUAAAUACCAAUUCUCCAAAGUCACAUCCAACUUCGCAAAUGAGUAGCAGAUCAAUCUCUCCUAAAAGGAAAGGUGUUCAUGACAAUGAUGAGUAUGACAUUAAUAAUAAUGGUGAUUUUGAUCCUUCAAAACGGUUACGAUGUAAUUUAAAAAAUUUAUCCUUAGCUGAAGGAAAUUCCUGUGAAAUAAUUAAGGUUAAUAAUUUUAACAAUAAUGAUUCUACACCUCCUUCACCUAAACCGUACAUUCCUCGUCCUCCGAAUUCUUUUAUCCUUUAUCGUCAACAUCACCAUCCUUUAAUCCUUAAUAAACAUCCCGGUAUAAAUAACUCUGAAAUUUCGAGAAUUAUAGCUGAUCAUUGGAGAAAUUUAUCAAACCAAGAAAAAGGUGAAUGGAAAAAAAAAGCCGAAGAAGCUAAGGAACGUCACAUGAAGGCUUGGCCUGAUUAUAAAUAUCAACCUAGAAGAAGAGUAGUUGGGCCUACUUUUAAAAAACCGUUGAAAGGUCCUGGCGCUCCUUCUUCUGUAAAAUCCGAUGCUUUUAGUGCACAAGAGGGCAUGAUGGAUAAUUUUGUUAUUGAACUUUCGAAAUUACCAUCACAUAGAAAAAUAGAUCAUAAUGAAAAUCUCAAGCAUCCGUCCGUUAUCAUUAUUGAAGGAGGCUCAAAGGAAUUAAAUAAAUUAGACCGCAACGGAAAUAAUAAUCCAAGGAAACCUUCGCCUACUGAAGCGAUUAAAGCGAAAUUAGGACUUCCAACACAGCAACUUUCCACAUCUACCUCUUCUACACAAAGAUUGCCACCACCACAUACAUUGGUAUCACCUCAAUUACAAUCUAUUACUGCAUUACAAUCUAAUCAAUUAUAUGAGUUCUUAAAGAAUGAAGGUAUAAAGGCAAGGUUGUGCAAAUUCCCUGAUACUUCAACACCUUCUGGAAACGCUCUCAAAAUAUACCAGUCAACUAAUCGUCAACCAAACCCGAAGACACUUCAUUUACUUGUUGCAGCUCAUUGGUGGGAAUUAAUGCCGGUAAUGAAGGAUCAACUCAUGAAUGGUAUUACUUUGAUUGUGGAUCGAUACGUUUAUUCCGCGAUGGCAGCAUCUGCUGCUAAGGGAUUAGAUCUGAGUUGGUGUAAAACGAGCUAUAUACAAUUGUUAAGUCCUGAUCUAAUUUUUUUCUUGAAAGUUGAGACAAGUGAAAUGGAUAAUCAACAAUUACCGCAGCUGUCUCUACCACGUGUUAAUGAUGUUCUUGGAAUUGAUUCUGAUAACGCAAGGAUUGCAAAGGAAUGGCAAAGAAGGAUGCAAGAAUCACUCUCUAGAUUGGCGGAAGUUCAAUGGAAGAUUUUGGAUGCACGUAAAUCCAAUAAUAUAAUUAACGCCCAAAUAAUUACAGCAUCUUUCGAAGUUAUUGAACGAUGUCGUAAAUCUAAUACGGGUUAUGGUAAUAUGUUUAACAAUACAAUCAUGUCACAACAGAAUCAACAAUUAUUACCACCACCUAUUGUUCCAGCAUCUUCCCAGCAACCUCAGUAUUCUUCUGUUAACCUUAAUGGCAGUCCUUCGUUAUCACAUCAACAGCAAAAAAAUUCAAAUGUGUUGCCACCAAUAGGAAGGCAUGAUGGUUUCUCUAGAAAAGUACACAUACAGUUAUAG